AUGUUAUCAACUUGUUACGGCAUACCGUUCGUGUGUGACCUUCAGAACAAGGGAGAUAACUCUAAACAAGAAAUAACUAGCCCAUUUAUGGCCGGAAGUUUCGAAGGAACCGGAAAUUUCAACAACAUGCAAAGCCCGCUAAGUGUUUCGAGACCUGCUGUCAUGGCGGGAAACAUGGGAUACAACAACGCACAAAAUAUAGUGGAUGCAAAUGCGGAUGUCAACCAGAAUGCAGAUGCUGCACCGAAUCCGUUCUAUCAGACCCAAGAAAACAUGGUUUCCGGUCAAUUGGCCUCAGUCCUACACCAGAAUACUUUCAGCAAGACAUCAGACACAGGAGCUCUUAGACCUGAUCAACAGUCAGCGUUGGGUAAAUUUCUUGUGACACCAGGGAUGUCUGGAGGGUUUUCGGGACAAGGAUAUAACGCUGGUGGAACGUCCGAGACCGACAACACUUUACAACAACAGACUACCGGUGGGCGCUGGUUCAAACCUGCUGAAUACAGCGUGCAGGACUUUGUCCGAGCACAUUCAAAACUUCAGCAAAGGCGAAUGAUAGCAGGGAGUGCCGACAACAAACAGCAAACAACAACGACCACAGCAGGAAGUGCCGAUCACGAUAUAGAAUCCACCGUAUGUGAGUUCUUUUCUCCCGAUUGUCCUAGUCACUGUAUUGGAUUUAACGUAUUUGGGUGUACGACCUGUACAUGCAGUUUUCUGUUCAGCUCCUCAAGUAAGUCAGACAGUUGUUCCAACCUGAUCUUCACCUGCCAGCCACUGUGCUUUAAGAGAAGUUCCACCGGAUGUACAUGUGACUGUACAAAUCAAGCCAAUCCGAUGAUAAAUCCGAAUUUCGACCCAUCCAAUCCCAGCGGUUCUAUGGUACAACCAAGUGACAACCCAGCCAAUCCAAGUGGACCCUAUAUUCCUGGCAGUUUGCAAUGUAGCAACGACUGGAUGAAUUGUCAUAGUCCUUGUUCACCUUCUAUAGAUUUCAAGACCGGAUGUCCUCAUUGUCAAUGUCCUCAGUCACCUACACCUUCUUCUCCAACCAUGUCCACACCUUCGACAGAUCCAACUAAAACAACUCCAACAACUCCAUCAGGUCCAAGAAGAACAACUCCGACAACUCCGACAGGUCCAACAAGUACAACUACAUUGAUAACCCAGUCAACAUCAUAUCAACCUUCUAAAACAAAAAGCCCUACAGUUUCUACAGCAUCGCAAUCAACUACUGUUAUACCAACGACAGCCGCUUUACAUAGUGUCACUGCUACAACUUCAACAGUCUCAUCAAGUCCAUCGACCACCAUGUUCCCAGUCAGUUCAACUUCUUCAUCGUUACUAUCGAACACUCCAGCGUCCACAACACCAAAUGUGGUACUUCCUGUUGUUCAGACGACACCUCACCCUCCUACGCAUGCGCCGACAUCAACCCUUGCACCCUCCACUACCAUGACAACAAUAGCGUGCCCAGGAAUAUUCUCAUGUUUCAAGGAUUGUUUUACUGGUUACAAAUCCGACGCUAACGGAUGUCCACUUUGUGAAUGUGAGCCGCUUCCGACAGGGAUACCCUAUACGUAUAAACAAUCUCUCACUGAAAUGUCUGUCAACAGAUCUUCCCAAAUAUUCGCGGAUACACGAUAA